AUGGUCUACGAAAGAAUUGCAGCAGAAAAAGUAGAUGUUACCGUUCUUGGCACAGAACUGGUUUUUCGCAACGGUCGGAAAGCAAAUAAUCGUUUCCUCAAGGCAGCAUUAUCAGAAAAGCUUGCCACUUGGGAUGGUAAGGACGACUCGAAGAGAGGAAUACCAACACAAGAGUUGAUCAAU